UCUUUGGUUUGCUUUGUUUCCUUGAGUGAAGAAUGAGGUCAGUAGCGCCACCCAGAGGACACUUAUUGGCACUGAAUAAAAAGUGCAGGAACCUCACAGUAGUUUUCAUGACUGACAGAAAAACCACAACUUUAUCAUCCAUGUUCUGCAGAAGUUCAUAUCAUAAAACCCUCAGAUAUAUUAAAAGGAAGUGUGUGUGUGUGAGAUACUGAGUAACUAACUACUGAAUGUUCUCUUUAUUUGUUUAUUGUCACAUUCCCUGAGACUUUAGUUCAGACUCCUCAAGAGAACCGGUUCAAUGAGUGACCUUCAGGAGGAGGGCAAGAACGCCAUCAAUGCUCCUCUCCUUCAUGCCGGCGAUGAGCUGCUCCCAGAGGACACGCUGCUGGAGGAAAAUGCAGAAAGGACCAUUUUGGACCCCAACUCCAGAGACGACCCUAACUUCAAAGACCUGCAGAGGGUUCUCAUUGACUGGAUCAACAGUGAAUUAGAGGAGGAAAGAAUCAUCGUGAAGGUUCUUGAGGAGGAUCUGUAUGACGGACAGGUGCUGCAAAAGCUAUUUGAGAAGCUGUCGGGUUAUAAGCUGAACGUGGCAGAAGUGACGCAGUCAGAGAUCGGACAGAAGCAGAAACUGCAGACGGUUCUGGAGGCUGUUCAUGGACUUCUCAGACCGCUGGAGUGGAACACGGAGUGGAGCGUCGACGCCAUUCACUCGAAGAACCUGGUGUCCAUCGUCUACCUGCUGCUGGCGCUCGCCAUCUACUACACAGCUCCCAUCCGUAUACCCGAGCAUGUGUCCGUCCAGGUGAUUGUGGUCAAGAAAAAAGAGGGAAUCUUACAGACGUCUCAUGUGACCAAACAACUGACGACGUCCAGCACAGAAAUGAUGAUGGGAAGGUCAGAACGUGAUGCAUUCGACACGUUACUGGAUCACGCACCUGACAAACUGAACGUAGUGAAAACGUCACUCAUCACAUUUGUGAAUAAACAUUUGAACAAACUCAAUCUGGAGGUGACAGAGCUGGAAUCACAGUUCGCAGAUGGUGUUUAUCUGGUGUUGUUAAUGGGGUUGUUGGAAAAUUACUUUGUGCCGCUGUAUAACUUCUACCUCACGCCAGAAAGCUUUGAACAGAAGGUGCAUAACGUGGCGUUUGCUUUUGAGCUCAUGCAGGACGGUGGAUUGCAGAAACCCAAAGCACGACCAGAAGAUGUGGUGAACUUGAAUCUGAAGUCCACGCUCAGGGUGCUGUACAACCUGUUCACCAACUACAAGAACUCAGACUAACAUAUAUAGACUUCAUAUACAGCCACGUGGGACUUGCCCACGGCGUUUGCGCUUACACACAACCCUGCUGUUUAUUUUGUACGUAAGAAUGAAAUAUUGUGUAUAAUCUCUCUUUCUAUCCCCUGACUUGAAUGUAUUUAGCUCUAUCAAUAUGUCAGAAUGUUGUUUUUGCUCGUGUUUGACCUUCUGCCGCUUAGAGCAUUAAAGAGGAAUAACACUUUGUCUGGGAAUGAUUCGUAAUCUUGUGGAUGAUUCUCAAAGAACUGCUGUAAUAUUUAUAAUGGCAAAUAAAUGCAGCU